CAAUCGCAAAAAUAUUUAUAAAAAAACUUUAAUCGUGUAAUUUUAAGUAAAAAAUAAAUCAUGUCAGGAACACCGCGAGUUCCCAUUUCGCAGUUGCUGCAGGACAAAUCGACGGAAGAUGAGCCCAAAAAGAAAUCCCGCGAAGACUGGCGAAAGGCAAAGGAGCUAGAAGAAGCCCGAAAAGCAGGAACAGCACCAGCUGCCGUCGAUGAAACGGGAAAAGACAUCAAUCCACACAUCCCGCAAUACAUUUCCGCAGCUCCGUGGUACUACAACACGCAGGGCCCCACGUUGAAGCAUCAGAGACCUCAAGAGGAAAAGCAACACGAGUUCUCGGGCAUCAAUGAUUGGUACAAGCGAGGUGUCGAUACGUCUAAAGUUGCCACAAAAUAUCGGAAAGGCGCUUGUGAGAAUUGCGGUGCUAUGACGCACAAGAAGAAGGAGUGCAUGGAACGUCCCCGAAAAGUUGGUGCGAAAUUCACGAAUGCAAAAAUCGCACCCGAUGAGUUCGUGCAGCCGAAAUUAAACCCGGAUUACGAUGGAAAACGCGACCGAUGGGCAGGUUAUGAUCCGGCACAACACCAAGAAGUCAUUGAGGAAUACGAGAAAAUCGAGGAAGCGAAACGACAAAUGCGUGCCGAGAAAUUAAAGGAAGAUCCAAACGCCUCGAAUGACGAAGAUGAGGAAGACGAAGCAGACGAGGACAAGUAUGCCGAUGACUUUGACAUGCCCGGCACAAAAGUCGACUCAAAACAGCGGAUUACAGUCCGAAAUCUUCGUAUUCGUGAAGAUACGGCGAAAUAUUUGCGAAAUUUGGACCCCAAUUCGGCAUAUUAUGAUCCGAAGACACGUUCCAUGCGCGACAAUCCGAACCCCAAUGUACCGACAGACGAAACGGACUUUGCUGGCGAGAAUUUCGUACGAUAUUCGGGUGACACACAAUCUCAUGCCAAAGCUCAGCUGUUCGCCUGGGAGGCAUAUGGCAAGGGAGUUGACGUUCAUGUGUUGGCGGAACCCACGAAACUCGAAUUAUUGCAAAAGGAAUACGAAAAAAAGAAAGACGAGAUAAAAUCCGAGGUCAAAAACUCCGUUUUGGAAAAAUACGGCGGCGAAGAACAUUUGGAUGCACCACCAAAAGCACUUCUCUUGGCGCAAACCGAAACCUAUGUGGAAUACUCACGUUAUGGCAAAGUCAUCAAAGGACAGGAAAAGCCAAUUAUCCGGAGCAGAUACGAGGAAGAUGUGUACAUCAAUAAUCACACGAGUGUCUGGGGAAGUUAUUGGAAAAACUUUCAAUGGGGAUACAAGUGUUGUCAUUCCUUCAUAAAAAAUUCGUAUUGCGUUGGGGAAUCGGGCAAAGAUAAGGCGGCUGAUGUUCCAGCAGUGCCAUCCACGAGUCAUGAAGAGCCCGAGACAUCCGAAAAACAAAAAGAAUCCGAUUCAUCGAGCAGUUCGAGCUCAAGUUCCAGCGAAUCAGAGUCGGAAGACGAAGAAAAGAACAAGAAGAAACGAAAGAAGCGAUCUAAGAAGAAGAAGCAAAAGGAAAAGAAACGUGAGAAGCGAAAGGCAGAGAAGGAAGCUUCUAAGCUGAAGUUGGCACUCAUGCAAGAAGAAAACAACAAACGACGUGCUGAAUUGCUGAUGGGAAUGGACGAACGAAAGAGACCUUAUAACAGCAUGUACGAAAAUAAGGCACCAACAGAGGAGGAAAUGGAAGCUUAUCAGCUGAAACGAGCUCGCGAAGAGGAUCCAAUGUUGAAAUUUAUGGACAAAAAAUAAAGUUUUAUUUUAUUUUUAAUAAAAAAAAAUAUAUUUAAUAAAAAUAUAAAUUUAAUGUUUUCGUUUUUUCAUUGUUUUAACCUUUUAACGGGAUUUUUAUUUCAAAAUAAAAUUCUCAAAAUCGAAUUUAUUGGGGAAAAAUUUUUUUUUUAAUUUUUUUGUUUUAUUAAAUCAAUUG